GUGAAUAUAGACCAGCAUCACACCCUCCAACACUCAGGCAAACCUGGGCAUUCUGAUCCUAUCUGUUCCAUCACUCAACUCUUAAGGCAGAGUCGGUGAUGAGCAAGUGCUUGACUGGUAAGGCUCCGUGGCUGCUGAAACCUCUUCUUGCCUCUUAUCUCAGCUUAGACCUGUGAGGGAAUAUGUCGACAAACGUAAAUAGCCAUCGUCCCUUCCGAUGCUAUAUCUGCUGCUCUGAGUUCAAGCGCAACGCGCAUCUCCAAAGACAUCUACAAUGCCGUCUGUCUCGCCAUGCCCUUGCUCGACGCUCCCGAGAAGUACUAACCAUAUCUGCCAGAUCUUCCCCAAGAGCUGGUCGUGUGUCAGUUCUGCUCUUCGUCGUUCAAACGGAGGUAUGUCUCGGCUCUUGUGCGUACCUUUGCCUGACAGAGGCAUGAUAGUGAUGCGCUCCGGAAACACUGGAGAUCAUGUGCAGUGAGAGAAGCUCUGGGGGAGCCGAUACCAUUCCAAAAGCCUCCAGGUCGCAGGAAGACCUCAUGCGACAGCUGUUCGACUCUGAGGCAGAAGUGCGACCUCAGCUGGCCGUGUGGCAAUUGUCUGUCAAGAUCACGAUCCUGCAUGUAUUCCUACAAUGCUACCGACAGAGGCCACCCUCGUGAGCAGGACACCCAGGUCGGGCCUGAUCUAAACAUUGGCUAUUCUUCCACGUUUGAUGCAACAGGCCUGUUGUUCAGCGGAUUUGACGACUGCUUUCGCCGCUUCUCAUCUUACGGAGUACCAAGCUAUGCAGAAUCCACAAAUCUUCCGAUGAUUCCCUCAUCGAUGUACACAUUCAUGGGUACCGCGAAGCUCGAAUUUCUCGUUCAUUUCACCAUCUAUCCCGGUAUUGACAGUACAUUUAACUUUGUCACCACUCAAGAAAACUGUGAUACUAUCACGGCUAAAGCUCGAACGACCUCCACAUGGAAUGACUUCUUCGAGUCGGCUGUGGGCAGUAUCUCAACUGUCUCGGCCAUGCCGAAGAGCGUCCAUAAAUCUCAGGCGACAUCCUGGUUCCUUCACCCGCUCUUCAUGCAGUCGAAGGCGCUUUGGGAAUUGUUGUACCCGAACAUGACAGGAGAGAUUACCGACGUAUCAAAUCUGGCUUUUCUUGACAGUUGUGACAACACCGUGGCAUUGGACUUCUUUAGUCCGUACAACUUGGAGAACUAUCUCGAGCAGUACUGGGACCGGUGGGCUCCUCACUGUCCCAUGAUACACAGACCCAGCUUCGACGUGCAGCAUGCUCGCUCCGAACUCCUCCUUGUCAUGGUUAUUGCUGGUGCACUUCAUAGCUGCGAUCUGGAGGCUGUUCAACGUGCUCGGAGCUGGCUCGAUGUCGCUGAGCAUGUCAUAUUUCAGCAUCCAUUCCUGUCCGGGGUCAAUGCACGUUGUCCUGAGCACGAAGAAAGGGAGAUAUCUUCGAGGGAAAAAUUGGACAUGCUUCAGACUGCUCUGCUCAUAUCUGUCCUACAGAAUUUCGAGGGCUCUGCAGAAUCGCGAAAAGCUAUCCGACAGCGCCAGUAUAAUAAUGUCAUUCUGGCGGCCAGGGCAUUCGGGCUUGAUCGGGCGAAGCAUUCAAGCGAAGUCGACCUUGAAUCUGGGUUUAUCGACUGGGCCGAGUUCAUCUUUGUCGAAGAAUUGAUCAGAACAUGCACGUAUACCUUUCUCCUCGACACGGCCUUCACCAUUUUUCACAAUUGUCCACCCAGGCUGGCCGUCUCAGAAUUGACAAUCGGAUGCGCCUGCAGCGACUAUUGCUUCGAGGCCGAAAACGCCUUUGACUUUCUCGCCAGGGUGCAAAGCACCCACGCUGACUACCGCCGGACCGUCCAUCUCAGCUACCGCGAACUCGUUCAGCAGGUCGUACUCGAGAGCAGGUUGACGCCAGAGACUAUGACGCUCGGCUCUGGCCUGACUACUUUAGACUUGUUUACCGUGAUAUCUUGCAUUCAUAGUAUGAUCUUCUGCCAACAAUCGUCCCUCUCGCUUACCCCCGCUUCGGUACGGACGUUUCAGACCACGGUCCAGAAUUGGUUUGAUGCCUGGAACCUUCGCGCGCCAGAUCUUCUUCACGCCUCCACCACCAGCACCAUCACACCCCGGAGUAAUAGGCCGAGGAGUUCAAGCUUUACUCGUCACGCCGGCGAGUAUGCUUCGCUGGCCAUGGCGAAAUUAGCCAUCUUCCUACGCAACCACGGAACAAAAUCGGCGGCGUGUGUUGCUCCGGUCAACGAAAAGGCCUUGUUGGAUUUCAACCCGGAGAACGUCGCCAAUAUUGUCCACGAGGCUUUGGCCUUGGGACAAUGCUUUUGAUAUGCAAUGAUGUGACCAGUAGAAUGUCUAGUCUACACCGCCCAGGGAGAAAAGAGAGUACCUUGUGUAUAGAACAGUUUAUGUUUGUUGUAGCAGAUUGUAUAAAGGUUAGAGAUUAUAUACCAUUUUCGUCGGCCACCAAGAUAUUUAUUUCGGGAUACUCGAG